AUGGCGAGUUACAAGCUGAAAACCGUCCCCUUCUGCGGCUCGGAGCAUCCCGUGGUGCUGCAGAACGAGAACGGGCCCUGCCCGCUGAUCGCCGCGGCCAACGUGCUCAUCCUGCGGGGCCGGCUCAAGGUGCCACCCAAGUCGCCGGAUAUCUCGCAGGAGCGGCUUAUGGCGCUGGUGGCCGAGCACCUGCUGGACACGAACCUGUCGGUGGACGAGUCGUCGAGGUACGCCGCAGAUCUGCGACAGAACCUGCAGGACGUGAUUGGUGUGCUGCCCAAGAUGGCCACUGGGGUGGAUGUCAACCCCAAGUUUGAUUCCAUUCGGGGCUUUGAGUUCACCAACGAGGUGGCCAUAUUUGACCUGAUGAACAUCAGCCUGGUGCAUGGCUGGCUGUUCGAUCCACAGGAUGAACGCCAUGCCACUGUGCUCAGGAAUCAGUCCUACAAUCAGGUUGUGUCUCGACUAGUGGCCGUAAUGGGCGAGCAGACACCCAAGCACCUGCUGACGCCCCAGAACAGCAUGGGCUCGUUGGUGGGCAGUGCCAAGGGCGCUGCAGCCAGUGAAGCCACUGAAGCGAGCUCUGAGGUUGCCCAGGACGAUGGGUCAGGCGCAAAAGAUGCUGUUCAAGGUGGCAACUCAAGUCUGGAUGAUUUCAUCAACUUUGAUGACGAUGCUGUGCUGCUGCCGGGCCCACCCACCUCUGGCGCGCAACCUAGGGAGGAUGUUGCGAAGGAUGGGAAAGAGGGGGAGGGCGAGAGGGGGGACACCAUGGAGGCUCUGGUGCAGUCUGUCAUGUCUGCUAUGGCCAAGGAAAUCGCUUCUGUGGCAGGGCCGAAGCUUGAGGGUGCACGGACCUCUGAAGGGAAAGAUGAUGCAGAGGAAGAGAAGGAUGGGCAGGGUGAAAAGAGGGAGUGUGCGGCAGACUUGAUGCAGUCUGCUGUGCCUGGCGUGGCUGAGCGCGACCCUCCUGAGGCAGGCCCGAAGUCAGAGGGGGCACAGACUUCUGAAGGCAAGCCUGCUGCUGCCAAGGUAAGCCCGCAUGAGGCGGAACCGAAGGCUGAGGGUGCACAGGCACCUGAAAGUGAGCCCACUAUUUCCGAGGGAAAAUCUCCAGAGGUGAGAGCAGAGGCAAGCAGUGCAGAGCACUCGGGAGCGGAGGGCUCGCAAACAGGCUCUGCCCCAAGCCCAGGGGCAGGUUUGGCAGGUCCGCAGGCUGCUGUGGACGAGAGUGGAAGUGGUGCUUCAGCAGCAGCUCUGGAGAGCCCACCAGCGAGGCAGCCGAAAAGCGGGUGGGACUUGGGUGAGGAGGCUGAGAACGCCAAGUUUGCGAGAGUAGCGCAGGACUUCCUAGAGAGCACAUCGAGCCAGCUCACAGUGCACGGGCUGUACCAGCUGCUGGAGGGCCUGAACGACAAUGAGCUGGCGGUGUUCUUCAGGAACAACCACUUCAACACAAUGUACAAACGUAAUAGGUCGCUGUACAUCCUGGUCACAGAUCAGGGAUACCUAUCGGAGGAGGGCGUGGUGUGGGAAAGGCUUGACGGCGUGGAUGGCGACACCCAAUAUGUGACGCACGACUUCGUGCCUUACACCAGGCCACAGGCUGUCACCCAGCCCACUGAUGAAGAGAUGGACCUCCAAAGGGCGCUGGCGGAGUCUGUAGGG